GCUGAGCGCACUUGCCAAAAACGCCACACCACGAGCCCUUACGCACGCUGUCACCUGCCCCAGUGGUUGUUAUUAUAUAGCCUGCAUUGCACUGGUAACCAGCGGUGCCAGCGCUAACGGGUGCAGCCAAGCGCAACACGCUCUGCUCUCUCACACUGCAACACCCUGCUCGUCGCAGCGCUCGCGUGAGGACCUUGAAACGAUGCCGCGCCCGGCCGCCCACGCCAGACGUGUUGUAGCACUGCUGUCACUGGCCGCAGCAUUCCUCGCGCCACAAACGCGCACGCGGCAUCAUCGACUGCACGCCAAAAAGCCUCCACCAAAAAAGCGCGACGGCCGGAGAUUAAAAAUUGCCACGAACCGCAAGGCGCGCUUCACCUAUGAAAUUAUAAAAACAAUGGAGGCCGGCAUCGCGCUCCAGGGCACGGAGGUCAAGAGCUGUCGAGACGGCAACGCGAACAUUGCCGAUGGGUUCGCGAGAAUAGAAAACGGCGAGUGCAUGCUGAUCAACGUCGACAUUGCGAAACACAAAACGACGGGCGACUACUUCCAGCACGACGCGCGGCGGCCGCGGCGACUGCUCUUACACAAGAGCGAGAUCCGCAAGCUCGCGGGGGACAUGGUCGACCCGGGGUUCACGCUCAUACCGCUUUCUUUAUAUUUCAACGACAAGAACCUGUUGAAAGUGGACCUUGCCUUGUGUAGAGGCAAGUCUCAAAGAGACAAGCGGAAGGAUAUUAAAGAACGGGAGGACAAGCGCAUGCUCGCGCGCGCGUCGAAGGGGGUGUACUAAUACUGUGUCUUACAA